AUAAAUAUUUGCAGCCUUUGGGAACAUGUUCUUUCGUCGUCAAAAGUAGCUCAAAACCGAUCGGUGCUUUGCGAUUUAUGGGUAAGACAAAUGUAACGGCUUGAUCAAACACUGCACGACACCGACUAUCUCAGAGGAGAUUUGUAGCCGUUAUUAGGAACUUGGAGAGGACAACAGAGGCGGCAAAAUGACGACCGUGCUUCCACAGAAAGCCGAAGGCACAUACACCUUCGCAAGCCAACCAAGAGCUGUUCAGCAGAGGAAAAAAUACAGAGACCAUGGAAUGCUGGAGCCAAAUCAGGGCCCUCCAACAUAUGGCAACAUUAUGUACGACAGACGCAUUGUUCGGGGCAACACAUACGCACAACAUACUCUUCCAGCUCAUGCUCAGCCAGAUCCAAUUGAAAUACAGAGGCAGCAAGAAAACAGACGGCGCGCAAUUGCCAGGAAACGUGCCAAGGAGCAACUGCGCCCGAGGUCGCCAGAGCCUGUGGAAGGCAGAAAACACAUUGAUGUACAGACAGAACUGUACCUAGAGGAGUUGAGUGACCGAGUGGAGGAGGCUGAUGUGGAAUGUCAGACAGAUGCCUUCCUGGACAGACCUCCCACACCACUGUUUGUACCUGCCAAGACAGGUGUGGAUGUGGACACUCAGAUCAUGGAGGGUGAUCUGUUUGACUUUGACAUUGAGGUGAAGCCCAUCCUGGAGGUGUUAGUGGGUAAGACAGUGGAGCAGUCUCUACUGGAGGUGAUGGAGGAGGAAGAGCUAUACAACCUGAGGUCACAGCAGAGAGCCUUUGAGGAGCUGAGGAAUGCAGAGUUGGUGGAGCAACAGAGACUAGAGGAACAGGAACGACGACACAGGGAAGAAAAGGAACGACGUAUGAAACAACAACGAGAAAUUUUAAGGAAAGAGAAAGAAACAGCUGAGAAAAUAGCAGCCCGUGCCUUUGCUCAGAGUUACCUGGCUGAUCUGGUACCUUCAGUAUUUGGUACCUUGUCAGAUAAUGGCUAUUUUUAUGACCCUGUUGAAAGAGAUGUGGAACAAGGUUUCUUGCCAUGGUUAAUGGACCAAGUCACAGUGCAACUGGAGAAGUCACAGCUGGGCAGAACGGUCCUGGAUGGACUUUUACGUGAGCUGGUCAACAACCGUCUGCAGGUGUACCAUGAGCUUGAGGCCCCUCUCACUUCAGCCAAACCCUCAGUUCAGAUCACAAUGGAUGAAAAACCAGAUAUCAAACCAGACACCGCACCUGCUCAGGCUGAGCCAGCUACAGAAAACGAGGAGGCCCCAGAAGGAGGUAACCCUGAAACUACAGAGGAGGAUGGGGGAGGUCAAGAGUGAUUUGCCCUUUAUACUCACCGGCUAUAUAACUCAUACAUGUUCUGUACAUAGAUUCUUAUACCGGACAAGGUCAUUUGUUAUUGGAACUGUUCUUCAGUGUAUUUGUAUUAAACUGUCUGUGAUAUUAGCAUCCCCUGCCAUAUUAUUUUCUGUUUACCCUACUUUGCUCUUGUCUGAUUCAAGUCUUGUCUAUUGAUUGACUUGAAUUGUACUCUUGAAACUGCAUGUGCAUGCGAAUGUUUUAGAAACAUUACUUCUCAUUUACAGAAAUAAAAUAUAACUCUGGCUUUCAUCCUACUUUUGCCAUUUUUGCAAAUUAUAAAUGACUACUCUACUGCAACAGGUAUAUGAAUAUAAAACUGGUCACCCAUGAACAGAAAUCAACAUGAUUAUUUUCAUCAGUUUUAUAUGUAUAUGUAUGUCACUGAAAAUAAUAUAUGUAAAAAGAGAAAACAGUUCAAGCAAAAACAAAUAUGACUUUUAAUCUGCAUCUACAAGUUGGACUCCAAUAAAAUGUGUUU